UUGGUUGGUUUUUAUUUUUUCCCCAGGAAUUUUCUUCCCAUUUGUAGUCAGGGAGAUGGUGAAUGGACAGCGAUCCAGAGACAUACCAUUGUAAUGGUUCUGGGGGAGUGGGAGAAGCGGAGGAGGGGGCAGAGUUAUUCUGGCAGUUUCUUAGGUGGGGGUGGGCAGUCUUUGCCCUGUUGGGAGCAGAGGCGGUCGUGUGGUUUCUCUUCGCCUUGGACCUCUCCUGCGCAGCGGUUCUUCUACACUGCCGUGGAGCUCCGCCUGCCGCCGGCUUCCGAGUCUGUUGCUUGCAAGAGAGAAAGGGAGUCCCGGCGGCUCCAUUGGCUGGGAUCGCGGGCUGCCAGCGCCGAGAGAGCCCAGCCCAGUCCCCGCGGCUGCCCGGGGAAGCCGUUCCCUCCGCCGCCUCCGGAACCGCCGCUUGCAGCGCCCCCGAAGUGCCAGCAGCACGUCCGCCGGACCUCUUCCCUCUUCGGCAGUGGGAGAUCGCGGUGAAGCCCUGCGUCCCUUCCAGCGUGUAGCGGCUGCCGUCAGCCAUGCCCAAGGCCGAUCACUGCUGCCGUGGUGCCUGCGGAGUCAGCCCUUCUUCCCUCCUCUCAUCGCAGCUGCCAUCGCCGCGGAGGUGCCGCUCUGCAGCUGGGGCCGCGGCCGGCACUGCAGCCUACAGCGCCCCUUGUCGGCUGUCGUCGUAACUACACCGAAGGGGAAUGCUUGAUAUUUCAGCAUGGUGAUGAAAGUUCUCUGUGUAAAUAUAUCCCUGCUUUGGAAAUAAAAAAGCUGCAGGAACAGAAUGCCAGCCUUCGGGCUGCUAUUGCACAAAUGAGGAAAGAAAUGGAGAGUCUUGAUGAGCAGAUGUUAUCUUCUCUUCCUCAAACAGAAGACAGACAGCUUGCAGAGCAAGGUUCAUUGAGCACAAACAAAAUUUCAACUGGAACCACAUUGAGCAACAUAAAAGUCAGUUCAACUAAGUUGGAUUGUAUAGUAAACCCAGACACAGAAGAGGGGCCAGAACCCAAAGUUCUUGAAGAAAACAUGGUUGCUUUUGGACAACAGCUACCUGAUGUAGGUACUGGUGUUGGUUGUCAGUAUAGUGUCAAACACACUCUACGAGGAAUGCAAAAUAAACUCAAGGAAGCAGCAAGAAAAAUUUCAAUUCUGAACCAAGAAAAGAGGCAGCUGAUUGAAAUGGGAAAUAGACUCAGGGCAGAACUUGGAAUGGUGUUAAAGAAAGGAGUCUGGCAUCCUGUUAGCUCUAAACACUGCACAGUUUGUAUUGCCUCUGAUAGUCUUCUUCCAAGAGAACUUGUCGAAAGAACACAGUGUCAGCUAUCAGUUCUAAAGCAUCUACAGCACAGACUCACAACACAGGAGCUGCAGUGCACAAGGCAAGAGCAUCCUUCAAGGUUCUCUUCUCUUACUGCCUGCCCUAGCUUAAAGGAAGAAGAAGCUCCAAGCAGCUGUGGAGAAGAAACAGAAUUACCAUCCAAUGAGGUUUGGAUAGAUUUCUCUAUUGAAAAUCAUGGGCCAGAUACAUUCUCAGCAACAAAGGCAGAUACAUCCACAAAGAUUGUUCAAACUCAGCUGCUCAGUCAGAGUCCUAGUCAUGUCCAGCAGGUUCAGCUUUCUUCAUCUAGACCGCAUACUUUCUGUCAAAUUUUAGAUACGGGAUCAAGCCUUUCUCUACUCAGUCCUCGAAAGAACAGCAGCCAGGGGGAGUUUGAAGUUGUACAUUCAAUCAAGCAAUCUGAAGAAUCUCAGCAAAAUGUCAAAACCAAGGAUAAACUUGAAACAUCAGCUGAAGAUUUGACAGUCAAAGGAACAAGGCUGGAAGUUCAGCAGAAGUUAAAAUCCAGGAGUUUAUCUUGUGCUCAUCUAUUAAAACCAAAAAUUUCUUCUAGCAUGGCAAAAAUCCGCAAUUAUAAUAUUAAAGACUGAUUUCUAUGUUGUCAGCAUGUUGUAGGUUGACACUUGCUAUUAACUUACUUUAACAUCUCCACAUCAGGUCUAAUUAUCAGCCUCAGUUUUGUAUGUCAGGUUGAGAUAUCUGCAGCCAGAAGAGAGAACAAAUACCCUGUUUCAUAUAGUGAAGCCUAAAAUAAAGGGUUAAUCUGUGCACAUUAUGAGGUUACAGUCUUCACUGUUAAUACUGAUUUAUUUUAAUUAUAUAUGUUAAGAUUUUCUUGCGUCAUGGAUUUAGAAAUGCUCAGUUAAAACAUAGGCAAAGCCUUGUGCCUUCAGGCAGGACUUGCAGGACUCCAGCAGAUGUUUUGUUGAGAAACUGUAGAUGUGAUUUAAGCUUAGAAGUGGGAUGCCUCAACCUACUUGUCUUCUAAAUAACAAUGCAACCGUUAAUCCUGUGCAGCUAUCUUUCUACUUGAUAGAAAGGGGUUUAAAAAGAUUGCAUCUGAGUCUGUCUUAUUUCUCAUCUUCUGUAGCUCUUUCGACUUGUUCAGAGAGCAUGAAAGAAUAUAAAAUUAAAUUUCUAUGGUCACACCAGUGAUUGUAUUUUCCCUUGACAAGAGAUUGUAUGGACUUCAAAGCAGUGAGAAACACUGCUACAAUGUUAGAACCAUAUAUUCAUAAUAAUAGAGACAUGAUGGAAGAAGUAAGUCUUAAAACAGAUGAAACUAAAAGAAAACUUGAACAAGUUGUGAUGUAAGAAAGGCUAGCUAUGUAGUAAUGAUCGUGCCAGGACACUAAUAAAAGUAAUCAGUGUAUUUUUGUAGCAUUUCCAAUAAUGCUGACCUGUCCUGAGAUAUUACAGAGAUGAACUUUCCUAUAAGUAAAGGAAAUGCACAUGAAAAAUUCAAUAAAAAACUUCUAAUUGUGGGGAUGGUCAAGCACUGGAACAGAUUGCCCGGAGGAGUUAUGGAGUCUCUGGCUAUGGAGAUACUCAAAACCCAACUGGACGUGGGCCUGGCCAGACUGUUCCAGCUGACCCUGGAGCUGAGGGCUUGGACUAAGUGAUGUCAAGAGGUACCUUCCAAUCUAAGAGAUUCUGUGAUUCUGCAAGUGGUAUCACUGAAGUGAAUAAUACUUACCAGUUGCUGCUAAAUAUAUAAAAUCUAAAAAGAUUAAACGAAGGAAGAGAGCUA